UUUGUACCAAACAAUGGUCAACAGUGAGCAAAGGUCUGACAGGCUGCUCUCUGCUUUCCUGGUCUAACUCUUGGGACUGUGAGCAGUGAGGCUCUGCCUGAGGAAGCUGCUGUAGCAGGUGAUCGUCCUUAUUUGGUCAUGGCCCAGAUCAUGUGACCACAAAAUGGUGGAAGCUGUGAGCUGUUUGUAAGCUGAGCAUCUCCAUCGAGGGGCUGGGAGCAGGAGACAGGCAGGGAACUUGGCCGUGCAUCCAUGCUCUGAGACGCAGGAGGACACACAUUCCUGAGCCCCAGCAGUGGUCCCUCUGGGGAUGGACCUGGCAUCAGAGACUGAAAUGAACUCUGAAGUGGGUGAAGGCAGACCAGUCCCUCCUUCAUCUCUUCCUCUGCAAGGAGGCCCCGCUCAGAGGAAGAAGCUAUCUGCCCCACGUAUCAGCCUGUCACUGGACCAGAGCGAGGACGACUUAGGCGAAACCCCCGAUGAUCUGGACAUUAACGUCGAUGACCUCGACACUCCAGAUGAGGGCGACUACACUGACCAUGAGACAGACUGGGAAGAUCCAGCCAGUAGGACUGCGACAAGUGAACCUUACGACUCAAUCGCGACGUACAGCGCGGAGGAAGAGCGCCAGGACGGCAAACUGUGGAGAACAGUCGUCAUCGGGGAGCAGGAGCACCGCAUCAACAUGAAGAUCAUCGAGCCUUUCAUGAGAGUCAUCUCUCACGGAGGCUACUAUAGCAGUGGAGUGAAUGCCAUCAUCGUGUUUGCUGCCUGUUUCCUGCCAGACAGUGACAGAGAGGACUACCACGAAAUCAUGGAGAAUCUCUUCCUCUACGUGAUCAGCACACUGGAGCUGAUGGUGGCGGAAGACUACAUGAUCGUGUACCUGAACGGUGCCACACCUCACAGAAGAAUGCCUGGUCUCGGCUGGCUGAAGAAAUGCUAUCAGAUGAUUGAUAGAAGGCUCAGGAAGAAUUUGAAAUCUUUCAUUAUCGUCCAUCCAUCAUGGUUUAUCAGGACCGUUCUCGCCAUUACCAAGCCCUUCAUCAGUGCCAAGUUCAGCAGUAAGAUAAAGUAUGUGAGCAGUUUGGACGAGCUUCAGGAACUCAUCCCCAUGGAGUACGUCCAGAUCCCUGAGUGCAUCAUUAGACUCGACAAGGAACUGAAAGAAGCAGCAGAGAACUCAAAGGUGAAUAGUUUCCUGCAGGGAACGGAGCCAGCAGCAGCAGCAGCAGCAGCAGCAGCGGCAUCAGCAGCAGCAGGCAGAGCAGACAAAGCGGACGCAGCCGGCGCCAGUAGCUCUUAAACCCAAAAAUCCCCAAAGGGUUUUAUCACCUCAACUGUUCAGAGGUCACUGUCAUAUGGCUGAAGCUGGAAAGCAGAAGGUUGUUAAGCUAGAAUAUGUAUGUGUGUGUGUGUGUGUUUUGUGCCUGUGUGUGUGGGUGUGGGUGUGUGUGCGUGUGCGUGCAUCUUUGUGUCAGUAUUUGGCAGUCACACACACCAAGAAUGCUCGGAUCUCCUUCAGUAAGCGCUGCUGUAGCAUCUACUGUUCCAUACACCUUCAAUCCAUCCCACUAUAUUGUCAAGCGAGAUGCUUGGCAGCCUACAGAGUAGCACUGAUGUGCACAGUAGGGUAGGAAAUGCAAUUUACAGGCAGACGGAGCACUGCACAAAAACCCAUUUGUAGAGUCUAUAGUGUUGUAGUUCUAGCCGCAAACCAACUCAUGUUGUUUGCAUCUUCACCUGUUUGCAUGGGAGGAAUAAUGCGAUAAUAUUAAUGAUAAUAGUGAAGCAAUAAUAUCACCCUUUACCGGUUACACCACCUCGAAACCUGUGCAUCAGCAACCAACAAUAAAAGCACAAGGUGAGGCCAAAACAAAACCCUGUGCCAUUAAAGACCAACAACAUAUUUUAUCUUUAGAGUCACACUGAAACUAAGGCGGAGCAAAUCAGUUAUAAAGAGAGGGUAUGUGCAAUGUAAGAGCAGGUCCUUUUAGCCAUGUUUUCCGUGUGUGUGUGUGUUUGCAGUUGGCUUCUGUGUGAUGCAUAAACUGAAAUUACAGAUGAAAAAUAAAGAUGGGAUCUCUCCAAAGCACAAUACCGUCAUUGUGUGUGUGUAUCCACAUGUAUGUGUGCAUUAUGUGCAUGUUUCCACAUAGACAAAUGAUGUUCUUAUGUGAAGGAGUAUUGAGGAUGUGCAGAGAAAUGAUGGAUCACUCUUAAUAAAAUGGACUUUAACUCUUAAAA